AUGUUAUCAUUUUGAAUAUCAAUGGCAGAGGAAUGCCGAGGAUCCAGUAUUAAUGGGACAAUAAAUGCGAACCACAAAGGUUUUUUUUUUUUUUUUAAUGGCGGCAGGGAUGUGGGCUCGCUUUACUGCUGCCAGCUCGUAAACACAUUCACACCUCUCUUUCAUUUAAAUGCGGGAUAAGUUAUAGCACAUUAUUGAAAAAAAAAAAAAAUCCAGUCGACAACAACCUGCAUUUGAAUGCUGUCUGGCAGAGCCGAGGCCAAUCCACAAACCAGCAGAGGUUUAAAAAGCACAAAUAAAAGAGAGAGAGAGAGAGAGAGGGCAGUUUCUGAAGCUGUUAGAACACAGCAACUCUGUUUAUUUUCACGGACCUAACAGUGGCAGUUAUUAUUAGUAUUAUCAUAUUUAUCACAAAGGCCUAAGAGAAAUCAAAUCUCAAAGUAAAAAUAUUGUUUAACGUUAAAGUUAAAUUAAAUUAAAAAAAAAGAAAAGAAAAAGAAAAAAUCACAUAAUCCAGAGCCUCCAAUUAGACGUAGAUCUAUUGAAUCAGGUCUUGUCCACAUCUGAAUAACAAUUAAAUCUGUUCCCACAUUUACUUCAGGACAAAUUAAAAAAACAAACCAAAACGCGCUUCAUCUCUCUGCUCGUGUUCUCCUCUGCGCAGCGCUUUGCCCACCGAGAGGAAAAACCCUCUCCAAGCUGAUGGUCUCUCCAAGAUUACCCUAUCAGGUGCAAACCGCUGACAUGUUUCCUCCCACCAACAACAAAAAAGCCUCUCUGUGCCCAAAUCUCAAGCCGCAGACGCACAAACACCACUGACAGGCACUGCUGCGCCAUCAUCAGCCCCCAAACCUCUCCAGGGAUCCGCCGUUGCUGCUGCUGCUGCUGCGAUUUCCACACUACUUUCUUUUUGAGAAAACAUAACUUUCUUGUUGUAUGUCUGGAUGAGUUUGUUUGGCCACUUUUAGGGCGUUAGAUUAUCCAUCGCUUUCCCCUUUUUCCCCACUGCAGCACUUAGGUAGAAUAAAAUGACCCAUGCAAGGUGUAGAAAUCCCCCGCAGGUACGGACGGAUUUGAGGAGCUUGUGAUCUCUGGAGCAGCAGGACUGGGAUUGUGGAGAAACUUUAAAGGUGCGCAAAACUCGGAGGAUAACUUUUUGAGGGAGGGGAUUUUUUUUGUAUUUUCUUUUUUUUUUUUUUUUUUUUGGAGAGGUUGAAUUCUGAAUGCUUUCCACGCUUGGAACCGAUUUACGGAGACGUUGUGGGAUUUCGGGGAGCGGAGGAGACUGAUCCGAGAAAAAAAAGAAAACAAUCUUCUGGAUAAUUCCCCCUCAACAAGGAAGCACCUAAUGUUGCACCCUGUGACUCUGCUGCUGCUCUCCAGUGAUCCAUCCUUACACUGUGAUUCAAUCUCCUACUUACCCCCGGAGUUGUGUGCGUAAAGGACGCACAGGGAAGCGAAAGCGAGAGAGAGGGGGGCGAUUUCGCCAACCUUUCCUGGGGCUCUAAAUCUGUGGAAGCAGGUGUAUUUCAGGUGUAUUUCUGCAAGUCAAGAUGUCUCUGCUGCCUUCGAGGUUCAUAUACGUGUGUUUACAUUUUCUGGUACUCUAUUUCCAGCUACAGUCUGUGGAGUCCCAGCAGAGCUCUGCUGAUUUCAGGUUUUACAUCGAGAACCACACAAGGAACCCAGACGACCUGAGCCGGAAGCAGGUCCGGAUCUAUCAGCUCUACAGCAAAACCACAGGGAAACAUGUACAGAUCUUGGGGAAGAAAAUUAACGCCAAUGGAGAUGAUGGGGACAAGAAUGCUCUUCUUGUCGUCGAGACAGAAACCUUCGGGAGCCACAUUCGAAUAAAAGGAAAAGAGAGCGAACAUUACAUUUGUAUGACUGAGAAAGGCAAAAUAGUUGGAAGGCCCGAUGGAAGGAAGCAGGAGUGCGUCUUUGUCGAGGAAUUCCUAGAGAACAAUUACACGGCUCUUGUGUCGGCCAAGUACAAAGAAUGGUACCUCGGCUUCAACAGUAAGGGUCGGCCCAAGAAAGGCUCGAAGACCACGCAGAGGCAACAGGAAGCCCACUUCAUGAAGCGCCCGCCAAAGGGCAGGUUGGACCCUCUGGAGGAGUUUCGUUUCACCACAGUAACUAAGCGGACACGAAGGGCUCGGCGAUUAAAACCCAACUCCAAGAGGAACUGAUAGGACCAAUGGGACAGCACUAAUUUUCCUCAGGGAAAAAAAAAAACUGUAUCUGAAAAUCUCAAGCUUCUUGUCUUAAAAGAAUCACCUUAAAGACGCCACUUCUGUAAAAGAAAGAGACAAAAAGAACAAAAAAAAGUCAAAGAUGUUUUAUUUUUGUAUUUCAGGAUGACUGAAUAUUUCCUAACUCUUGGAUUCUUCUGGGUUGAUGUCAUUGUGCUAACGUGUCUGUCAUGUUAUUUAUACUGGAUAAACUAAAGGACCUCUGAGAGAAUUCCUGUCGCCGUCGUCCUCAGCUACUUUUGAACUGCAAGCUGAAGGCAUGCUUUCUUUUUUGACAAUGGGGUCUGAAGCAGGAGCUGACGCAAUGUUAUAAAAAUCAGCCAACUAGAGAUUCAUUGGAAUACCUGUCAGUUUUUGUUUGUGUUUCCCCUGACAACGCGGAUCCCAUACUUUCCACUGGAAUCAGACACCAUGGAGAUGAAACGAAGAGAGGUGGCAGUCGCAGGUGACACUGUGCUGCCGGGAUAACUGUGUAGCUUUGAGUGCAAUAUUUUACAGGUCUCUCUCUUUCUCUUCCUCUUUUUUUUCCAUACGUCUCUCAACCUCAGCUUCACUCGUGGCUCCUGGAAUGCGCUGAACCUCUGAGUGCUACGUGUGAUUUCCUUGACAUUUCCAUGCAGCCUGUGAUUCAGCUAAAACACGACAUGCUUUGACUAGUCAGGCACCAGCCAUGGCUUUAGUCUUGUUAAAACACUAAAAAACACAGAGAAUACAAACAAAAAUAUUACAGUUGAUGUGAUUCAUAAUUCCGCGAAGUCUUCCAACUUCAUCCCAUUUGGGAGAUGGAUGUUAAUCCCUUUCGUCUCCUCUUGGACUCGUUUUUUUAACAGCUCUUUCUUACAUGUGUUAAAGUUUUUCCAGAAAAGGAUGCCUUGAUUCCUUCAGUGUGAGCUAGCUAAUAUUUGGGGGUUGGUGAUGAAGACUUCCUCUGCCUCCUUGUUCUUUUUGUUUAUCCUUACCUAGUCUGGAUGUCUGUGUUCAGUUAAUCUCAAGAACCUUUCAGACCUUCAGUUUUUCCCCUUCCAAAAUCAUCUUUUGACUGUGAGCUCAUCUUCACUCCUUUAACUCGCACUGAAUGAAAGUCUCAAAGAUGCUUUUGGGAAAAGCUAAUCCCCGUGCUUGUUUGUUAGAUCAGUGAUCCACAGACGGGAGUACUGUAGCUCCGACCAAUCCUGAUCACUUCAUAAAUCCACAUUUGACAAUUAAGACUUUUCCUCAGAUGACCAACUCAUCCAGGAUUCUGGGAACAUUUUCAGAGUUUGUGUGUGAAUCUGAAAUGGAAAAGUCUGUGCUUCUGUCCUCUCUUCUCUCACUGACGACAAACUCCAGCCCCUUUUCACCAGUAGUGUGUAUUCACCUGUCUGCUGGCAGGUUUUUGUAUGAGUUGCUACUAACAACAUGACACAUUUAUGAUUUUUUUAAACAAAAUGUAAGCAAAAAUAAUUUUAUGACUAUUAUUAAGAUAUUUAUUGCCUCCCUUUGUAAAUAAAAUGUGAUGAGUUUUAUUUGGCCUCUGUUAAUAA